UGCACGUCUACGUCAUCCGUCAUCUACUUGUCUUAACCUCAAAAAAAAAAGGCGGCCCACUGUCCGCUACCCACCAUCAAAAACCAUAUUCUUUAUUUUUUCUGUUUUUUGUUUUUGUAGUAAUCAUACUCAUACUACACAUUUUCUCGUACAAGAAGUAUUAGUAAUAACUGAAUAUGGCUACAAUGGUAUCUGCUUUCGCUAUGUACCAAAAAAACCAAAAGAAACGUGAGGCUCCAUCGGAAAUGCCGGUCCAGUCCAAGAAAUCCAAAAAGGCGAAGAAAACUGAAAAUUCACCGAAAGAAAAUGGUAAACAUGUAAUGAUGAGUGUCCCUCCAAAAUCCAGCCCUCAGUCAAAAGCCAAAAAGGUCAAAAAAGCCAAGAAAAAUAAAAUGGAAGUGAAAGUAAUCGAAAACGGGCAUCAUGUAAGUUCUGAUGAAGAAGAAAUUCCCACUUUGGUACCUAUAAUGAAUGAAUCAAAAGUAGUACAGAUCAAUGGAAAACAGGAGGUCAAUGGCAAACCGAUUAAAAAAUUGAAGAAGAAAAAACUACCUGAUCCCAAUCAAAUCCAAGUGUUCAAUCCUGUAACUCAAGGCCUAGCAAUAUUCAAGUGGCUUAUAGAUCCAGUAUCUCCAAGAGAAUUUUUCGAUAAAUAUUGGGAACAAAAACCAUUACUCAUUAAACGUUCUGACACAAAAUAUUUCAAGCAUGUUUUCAGUUCAUCACAACUAGAUAACAUCUUAAGAGAUCACCCUUUGCAUUUUACACGAAACGUGGAUGUAGUAUUAUAUCAAAACGGGAAAAAAGAAGUAAUGGACGAAGAAGGGCGUGCUUUGCCAGCAAAGCUUUGGGAUUUUUACACCAACGGUUGUAGCAUCAGAAUCUUAAACCCUCACACUUAUGACCAAAAUGUUCAUUCUAUAAUUGCCAGUUUGCAAGAGUAUUUCGGCACAAUGGUUGGUACUAAUGUCUAUCUUACUCCGCCCGAGAGUCAAGGAUUUGCACCACAUUUUGAUGACAUUGAAGCUUUCAUUGUUCAACUGGAAGGGACUAAAUAUUGGAAAUUGUAUAAACCAGUUGACAAAGAUGUCCUAACCAGAGACUCCAGCACCAAUUUCAAACCUGAAGUUUUAGGAGAUCCUUUCAUGGAAGUCGAACUAAAUGCAGGUGAUUUGUUGUAUUUUCCAAGAGGUACAAUACAUGAAGGCCGCACCAAAGAGGAUGCUCAUUCUCUCCACAUAACGGUGUCCGUUUACCAACACACUGCUUACAUUGACCUUUUGGAACAAGCCUUACCUGCAGCUCUUAAAAAAGCUGCCAGCGAAAAUGUAGAGUUCAGGAAAGGAUUGCCUUUGAACUAUCUAAAACAUCUUGGAGUCGUUAACAAAGAUCAACAAUCCAAAAAUCGAAAAUUAAUUAUAAAUAAAAUUAAGUCUUUGACAAGUUCAUUGGUGGAUUAUUUGGAUGUGGAUUCAGCAGCAGAUAAUUUAGGACGUAAAUUUAUGUAUGAUGCUAUGCCACCAUUGUUUUCCAAAGAGGAAGCUAAAUUUUCUUGUAAAUUUGAUGGAGAUUUUAUGGCCAAUGGAGUAGUACGAAACAGGUGCGAGAUUACUCCAGAAAUCAAAAUCCGUUUGUUGAGAUAUUACGCAUUGAGAGUCGUCCAAGAGUCAGAUACUACUUCAAAAAUCUAUUUCUGUACUGAAAAUGCAAAGACCUAUCACGGAGAAGACGAACAAUAUUUGGAAAUUAAUAAUUCACUAAUUCCAGGAAUUCAAAUGUUGCAAAAGGAGUAUCCAGAAUUUGUUGUUGCUGAAGACUUGCCAAUAAAAGAUGAAAUGGAAAAACUAGCUCUAGUUUCGUCAAUGUGGGAGCAUGGACUUUUAGUAACUGAGGAACGUUUACCAAAUGUUGACAGUGACUCUGGUAGCGAUUUGGAUAGCAGUGGUUGGGUCGAUUGGGAUGUCAGUGGAGCCAGCGAUGCUACUUCUUCUGAUGAUCACUAAUUUAUAUAUUUUUUUUAUUUUCUUUACUGUUGCAUAUUUAAAAAUGCCAUACGUUUGUAAUAAGAAAUACAUUUUGAUUUAAUAAAAUAUUUUUUGAGUUUUGAC